UUAUCUGAAAUUUUAAGUGAUAAUUGAAUGCACCAUCAGUUUAUAAGGGGUGAUUUGUCAUUGCAUCACUGAGCAAUAGAUUAACUAACACACUGCUCAAAGACACAAAUGACGGCACCUACUCUAUUCACAACUCCGAGUCAAUUGGAGCACAAUUUUAAGUUUCCCACCGACUUAGUAUUGUUUUUUCAGCUUUGUUCAUUUGUAUAUUGAUAUUUCCUCAUUAUGUGUCUGUAUGUUAUUGUUCAGAGAGGAUGACUGUAGGGGCAGGGACUUCCCCGAAGUUGAGAGAGUUUUCUUCUUCACAGGGAGGCCUGUUGUAGUGAAGGACACAAUGGCCAGAUACACCAUGGACGCCAUCGCGUCUUGCUCCUUCAGCAUCAACGCGAACGGCCUGGGGAACCCCAACUGCGAGUUCAUCUCCAAGAUGAAAAUGUUGCUGGAACCCAAAGGUCUCCAGAUAAUAUUGGCCGCGAUCAUCAUCUUCAAUCCCUGGCUGCAAAAGUUCGUCCAUGCGAAAGUCUUCGACAUCGGCGUCACUGACUUUGUCCGGAGGACGUUCUGGGACAUGGUGGACCACCGGAGGGCCAGUGGGAUUGUCUGCAAGGACUUCGUGGACCUCCUGAUGCAGCUCCAGCAGGAUGGGGAGGUGCGCGCAGAAGACGAGAAGGAUCAGGAGGAGAUCAAGCAGGGCAGCAGAUACAUGAACGCGGAAGUCUCUAGAACCGACGGCUCUGAUGUCAAGUUUGCAUGUAGCUUCUCGCGCUGGACAGGAAGAACGAGGAUGACGAGGGAACCCACAGAAGAAACAUUUCUGACUACUGCUGGCUGCGGUUACAGGAUAAUUUGGUUUUUGAACCGGCUCAGUUGAGGCUAAAGGUGUCUGGCUAGGAAUAUAGGAUUCAGAAAUUAUGUGAGCUGAUUCUAAUUAUCGUGCUUUUGCAAAUGCUUCAUCCAGGCUAAGAGUUGCGUUUUCUAACAAACGUUGUCGGAUACCUACUGUUCGAUGAGAGACCUUUUAUAAAUGCAUCUCUAAUGUAUUCGUCCCUAUAAGCCGGGGAAGCCUACAUUUCACAAAGGGUUGAGGACCAACCCGAACAUGCCUGAAGACUUCACCUUCGGCCAACUUCGGGACUUUGCUUUUAUUUUCAUAACAGCACGGCCAUGUUGGUGGAUAUCAAAAACACUUAUUAAUAAUAAUUGUGAGGUUAAGUGUUUAAUUCAUAGAAAGAAAGUGCAUAUUUAGUAAUAAUCUUAAGAUUAUUAUUCACUGUUAUAUUACAAGUAUUCGUUAUGUUCAGGAUCUUUCAACGCACUAAAUUAAAACAGCAAGCAUGAUGUACCUCGGGAUCAAGUGAAAAACUUGGAUAUGCGAUACUGAACUUUAACUAACUUUCAGAUUUGCGUGUAAAUUAAGAGAUAUGUAUCAUCAUUUAGUUCAUAUUUUCUCUCUACAGGUUUUAAAGUUUAGCCUAGGUUGACGUAAUUUUUUUCGUAUCACGUGUCCAAAUUGAUCCCUUGGUUUUGUGGUACAAGAUGCUUGCUGUUUUAAUUUGUUACGUCGAAAGAGUAUGGACAUAACAAAUACUAGAACAUCACAAGACAAACAAAUUAUCUCAGGUGUUGUGAAAUAAUUUUAUUUGUAACUGUUUUACAUUCAUAUAUAAAUUGUAAUAACACAAGUUAGUAUGCCCAUGUUCUUUCAAUGUACCAAAUCAAAACAUCAAGCAAAAUGUACCACAGGAACUAUGUAUACAAGAUCAUGCCUUCUGGAUCAAGGGAUUAAUUUGAAUAUGUUAUACGGAACUUUUACCAAUUUCACUUUCGGGACAAGUAUGUAUCACAAUAUCAUUAUCACAUUAAUGACGACAUUAACAUGGCACAUUUAUGUCAUUACCAUAUCUGCAUUAUUAUGUGACUAGCAUGAUUAUAUGGGGGUUUUAGUUGGGGAGUAUUCUAAUGCUUGUUUUGCACAAAAUAUGUUUGUGUAUUAAACUAGCUUUCUGGUAAUGUAUUUUAUGCUAUGGCCAUGCUUAUUCUAGAUUUAGAACAUACCUACUACAGUAUAUAUUUUACCUGUGGUAUCAUAUUCUAUACUUAAGAACAAGCCCUUCCUGUACUAGUAUAAUAGAACACCAUACUGAAGAUAUAUUACAUUUCAUUAUUAUUUCUCAAGAUAUAUAUCUGAUGUAACAGAAGCAUAUGAAUGUCCUCCGUCCAAAAGUUUUUUUUCCAGUGUUUGUACUUUAAGAACGUACAGGUAUGUGUGAAUGCACAGGUAUUAUAAUGUAAGCUUUAAACUUUGAUUACUUGCUAACCUGUAGGAAUUUAAAGUCUGUUUUCAGGAUAAAUUCAGGGCUAUGACUAGUGUCAAAAAAAGUUUUUGUCUAAUUUUUUUUUAGUUUGUGGAAAAGCCACAACGUAAGAUUAUUACCCACCUCUCUCCUAACAGCAAAUAAAAUGCACAGAGUAAUUGUAUUGUUUUGCGGCUUUUAAAUGAAUAAAGAAAAAAAUUCUGAAAAACUUUUUUUCACAUCCUGACAUGUAUCGAAAUAUUUCCCAAGAGAAUGUUGAGGUACUUUAAGUUGUUUAUCAUUUUUAAAACUGCACAAGAUUGUUUUAAUCAACAAAAGUAAGAAGAGUAAAAAUUAUAACUUUUUUUUUUUACUUCCUGAUAUGUUUUUCAGUCAUUACCCAAGAGAGCAAUACUUGCAGCAAGAAACACAUAACUCCAUAUGUGACAAAAUCUGAUUAUGAGGCCCUUGUUUUUAUUGAAGCAAGCUUUUUGCAAGCACAGCAGGGACUCGCACAUGGCGGCGCUUGCGAUAUCGCAAUCAUGAAUGUUAAAACUAUAAAACUAUUGGUAGACUGCUUGAUGUAACACAGCGCUGUCUUACAAAAUGAUUCCAAAGCAUUUCAGGAAGCAAAAGGUAUUUUGUAAUUUUUAUUUUCUUGUUUGCAAAAAAUCUGAUAAACUGUAAAAUUACAAUGAACACAAAACACUACUACUUAAUUACUAUAACAUUUUAUAAAAUCAGAAAAAUAAACCACCUACUUUUCUGGCUGCUUGUCUUAAGUUUACACAAAAAAUAUUUACUGUUCUGCCAUUAAUCUCACUUAGUGUUGCAGCAUACAGUAUCGCAAAAUGCAGUCACUACUACAAUCACCACACGUUUAUAUUCUAUACAUCUCCCUGAGAAACAUUAAGAGCUAAGUGCUGUUAACUAUUGUUACCACUUGUAUUUAUAAGCAGUAGUAGUUUUUUUUUUUUUAAUUAAUUUGUGUAGGUGCUAAUUUUGCCAUUGCAUUAAAUCACCAAACACUCUUUGUGAUGUAGGUAUACAAUAUUUCCAAUUUUUUAUGUAACUGAAUGUUUGACAAAUAUUAAAAACAAAAAAAAAUAGUGAAAGCUGUGAAUACAUGAACAGUAUACAUUUAAAUAAGAUAGGCCUACCAAAACUAUUGAGCUUAUCAAAUUAUACAUAUACUUACCAAAUGAAAUGUGUUGACCAUAUGGUGUGUAUUAUGUUGCCAUGAAUAUUAUUUUUCUGCCAGAUAGUUUCUGUUAAAUACUAUGUAUUACUUUAUUGCUUGACAGCUUCUGUAAUGGACUUUGUCUCCAGAUUGCCAUUUGUAUGACUUAUUCUCUACAUUCUCAGUACUUUAAAAUUGUUUCUGUUUGUUGCAGGCAUGUAAAGAAAUUAGAAAAUGAGCUGAAAAAGUACACUCCUUGGACACCCCAUGUAAAGGAAGAAUUAUUUUCUGUUUGAUGCUGGCAUGUGAAGACAUUAGGACAUUUGCUUGUAGAUUAAAUUCUUUUGACACUCAAUGAAAAUGAAUUAUUUUAUAAAUUUUUGUUAUAACUGUGCUUUAUUUAAUUUCACUUAGAAGUUUUUUUCAUUGCCAUUGAAUUGAUAGUAACUAAGAAAGUUAAAAUAAAAAUUUACUUACGGAGAAAUAAAAAGAG